AUGCGCAUGGUGGCUCGGAUUAGCCUCAGAGUCUGCGGUGCGCGCGCAAGUGCCAAUGUCGUCGGGGCAGCAGCAGCAGCAGCAACAUCACAUUACACCGCAUUCUUUCCAUUCCCCUCGCUCCCUGCACUCGCCAACCUUAUCAAGCUGCAACCCUUCCUGGUGACCUUGUCUCUUCCCGCACUGAUCUUCUCAGCCUUGACACGCAUGCUCACCCCGCUUGUCCGCAGGAUGCGCCUCUACGUUGCCGGCACCGAUGCACUCGCCAGCGGCUGCGUUUGUGCGCGUGGCGUGCUACCAGAUGUGCUCAUGUUCGACAGCGCGGUGCCGCAGCCCGACGCACCCCCCAAAAUGUACUCCUCGAAUUCGAGGCCACGCGCUGACGCACCGCUCCCGCCACCGCAAUAG